ACUGAUAUACAGCAAUUGGAAGUAGAGUUACGUAAUAAAUCUUGAUCAUUCUGGAAUUGCAUACAGUGGAAUCAAAGAGUCCAAAAUAGGAAUUCUUUUGAGCUCUUUGACAUUACUUUAUCUAGGUUGUUAUCCAAACUUUAACAUUAGGUCCAGUGUACCCAAAACCUUCACACACACAAUUAGGUCAGAAUUGCUUAUACUAGCAUUCACUCACUGAGGAAAAAAAUGCAAGGUGUGUGGAAUGUAUCUGAAAAGCACUGCUCGGAAGGAUCUUGACUAACGUAUAGAUAGUCUUGUUCCUUUUGAGGCAGCUGACAUGAUAAAAUCCCGUAUGUGUAUGGCAAGCAUCUUUUAAUCUGAGCAGUGGCAGUGGCCCAGCAAAAGUGGAGUACUUUUAAUGGUUGACAAGUAACAUUGGUCUUUUACAGGGAAUAGAACAUGUAUGUUGUCCUUUAAUAGAAGGAGAAACAAUAUAACACUACAGACAAAUGGGUAUACACAUGUGCUUACUUUUCAAAAGAGUAAACUGUGCAUAUUGCUUGUUUUCCAUGUUGAUUUGUGAUACAGAUGCAUGAAGGAGAUUAUGUUUAUAUUGAUUGCAACACAAGGCAGAGAAGGUCCUUAUUAAUAAGCUGAAUUUACCACCAUUUGUUUUGAGAUUGAGUUCAAGCCAUCAUAAAGACUAAAAUAGAAAAGGCAACACGGUGAAAUUUAUUCUAGACCAAAAUUGAUAUAUUACUGAUGAAAAAUUAAUAAUGACUGGAUAACCCUGUAUUUCAGUUGCUUAGUGCAGCUCAUUCUGCGACCUUGACUAAGAGCAUAUUUGAGUUGAUAACUAAGCACGGGAUAACUUUGGAUGGAAAUGGUGGCUAUUUUUGAGUGUCUUGCUUCACCCCCGAGUUUGAUAUAUGUUUGGCACCCUUCUAUUGUGAUGUCAUCCUCUGUGCUCUGUUCCUUUCAGGAUUUUCAGCCCCUCUUUGUGAGUUUAAAAAGAAUUUGUAAUGAUGAGGAGAGAGUGUUAAUGCAGAGUCUCAAAGAAGAGAGAGUUGAGCCAAGGGCUUCUGCUCAGGUUUCCAGGGUCAGCUUCGAGGGAUUAACGUCCUUUUCAUGCAGAGUGACGGAGGGUUAACGAGAAUGGACUGCUUCAAUGGGUCAAGAGCCAUUCUCUCCGGUCCAGCAGGUGGUGUUGUAGGCUAUGCCAUGACAAGCUAUGAACAGCUUGGAAACCAGCCUGUCAUUGGCUUUGACAUGGGGGGGACCUCGACGGAUGUCUCACGAUACGCCGGGGAAUAUGAGCAUGUCUUUGAGAGCACGACAGCUGGGGUGACUAUUCAGGCGCCACAGCUUGAUGUGAACACUGUGGCAGCUGGUGGUGGAUCGCAGUUGUUCUUCAGGUCUGGGAUGUUUGUUGUUGGGCCAGACUCUGCAGGAGCACACCCAGGACCUGUGUGCUACAAAAAGGGUGGGCCCCUGGCGGUGACGGAUGCAAACCUGGUGCUGGGACGUCUUUUGCCGCACUACUUUCCCAAGAUCUUUGGGCCCCAAGAGAACGAACCACUUGACAAGGACUCGGUUAUUAAAGCCUUCAAAAAGAUUACAAAUGAAGUAAAUGCACAUCGGUCAUCCCAGCAGCUGAGUGUAGAGGAAGUAGCUAUGGGCUUCAUCAGGGUUGCUAAUGAGGCAAUGUGUCGACCUAUCAGAGCUCUUACCCAGGCCAAGGGUCAUGAUACCUCACAACAUGCCUUGGCAGUGUUUGGAGGUGCAGGCGGCCAGCAUGCCUGUGCUGUGGCCCGCUCUCUGGGCAUGAAGACAGUCAUGAUCCAUAAGUACGCAGGCAUUCUCUCUGCAUUUGGCAUGGCACUUGCUGAUGUCGUCCAUGAGGCCCAAGAGCCAUGUGCCAAGAAUUAUGACCCAGACAACUUUGCGUACUUCGAAUCCCGUCUCACUGCCCUAGAGAAUGAGUGUAAUGAGGCUCUGAUGAGGCAGGGUUUCUCCAGGGUAAACAUUGCCUGCGAACCAUUCCUCCACCUGCGCUACCAAGGCACGGACUGUGCACUCAUGGUUACGCCUUUGAAGGAAAAGACGCGGGGAAAACGAAAGUCAUAUUCGUAUGUUGAUUUCCAGACGGCCUUUUUGGAGAGGUACAAGAGAGAGUUUGGAUUUGUAAUCGAUGAUCGAGACAUAGUUGUGGAUGACAUCAGAGUCCGUGGGGUUGGGAAGUCUCAGAUAUCAACUGAAGAAAUAUUGCCGCAAGCCACAGGGGAACCACUGCUGGAGACAGUGACGAAGGUGUAUUUUGAGGAGGGCUAUCAAGACACAAAUGUGUAUCUUUUAGAGUGCCUGGCACCGGGCCACGUCAUUCCUGGUCCUGCAAUAAUUAUGGACAAGUUGUCGACCAUACUCAUUGAGCCAGGUUGCACAGGCCACAUCACAGCCCAGGGGGAUGUGCGUAUUGAAAUAGGCAGCUUGAAAAAGCACAUCAUUGGCACAGAACUCGAUGCUAUCCAACUCUCAAUUUUCUCGCAUCGGUUCAUGAGUUUAGCUGAACAGAUGGGAAGGAUUCUCCAGAGGACCUCCAUAUCUACCAACAUCAAGGAGCGUCUGGACUUCUCCUGUGCGCUCUUCGGUCCCGACGGAGGCCUGGUGUCAAACGCUCCUCAUAUUCCUGUACAUUUAGGGGCUAUGCAAGAGACCGUGCAGUACCAGCUUCAAGCUUUGGGUGAUAGUUUGAGGGAUGGAGACGUGCUGCUGUCAAACCAUCCUUCUGCCGGUGGCUCCCAUCUGCCCGACCUCACAGUUAUCACACCUGUCUUCCGAAAGGGUGUUCACAAGCCGGUCUUCUAUGUGGCCAGCAGAGGACACCAUGCGGACAUUGGUGGCAUUACGCCGGGUUCUAUGCCACCACACUCGACCUCCAUCCACCAAGAAGGCGCUGUAUUCCUGACGUUCAAGCUGGUCGACCGGGGGGUGUUUCAGGAGAAAAACCUUAUUGAGGCCCUAAACGCUCCAGGCAAGAUAGAGGGCUCAUCAGGGACUCGCAACCUCAGAGAUAACCUGUCAGACCUCCGAGCGCAAGUUGCUGCUAAUCACAAGGGCAUCCAGUUGGUGAACGAACUGAUUGACUACUACACCCUUGAUGUGGUCCAGGCAUACAUGGGCCACAUACAGACUAGUGCUAAGCUAGGGGUCCAGGACCUUCUGCGUGAAGUAGGUUCAAGGGUGCGGAUGAAGACGGGUUCGUCCUCGUUGCAUGCGAUUGAUUACAUGGAUGAUGGCUCACCCAUCGAGUUGAGUGUAGACAUCGAUGUGGAAAGGGGAACGGCUGUCUUUGAUUUCAGUGGAACAGGUCCUGAGGUGUGGGGGAACUGCAAUGCCCCAAGAGCCAUCACAGUGUCCGCUGUGAUCUAUUGCCUUCGAUCCAUGGUUGGCCACGACAUGCCACUGAACCAGGGUUGCUUGAGCCCCAUCACCAUCAGGAUCCCUCCUGGGUCCCUCCUGGAUCCCUCAGAGGAUGCAGCAGUGGUGGGCGGCAAUGUGCAGACAUCCCAGAGGGUUGUGGAUGUGAUUCUUCGUGCCUUUGGGGCCUGCGCAGCUUCUCAGGGGUGUAUGAACAACAUAACAUUUGGCGAUGAGUCAGUUGGCUAUUAUGAGACGGUAGCAGGAGGCGCUGGGGCGGGCCCCUCUUGGGAAGGGCGCAGUGGUGUGCACACGCACAUGACGAACACACGCAUCACUGACCCUGAGAUUCUUGAGCGACGUUACCCAGUCAUACUGAACAAAUUUACGCUGAACCCAAACACUGGUGGCCAAGGGAAAUUCAGAGGCGGAGACGGUGUGAUCAGAGAACUUGUUUUCCGUCGUCCUCUAACCCUUUCCAUCCUGACUGAGAGGAGAGUCUUCCCACCGUAUGGAGUGGAAGGCGGGAAGGAUGGAAAGAGGGGAAAUAAUCUGCUCAUCAGGAAGUCAGGACGCACGAUUCGGCUGGGUUCUAAGACAUCGGUGGAAGUGCAGAAAGGGGACACUUUCCGGCUACUGACUCCAGGUGGAGGUGGCUAUGGCAUUGCUGCGAACCCUGCCCACGAAACCAAGGGAAGCAGAGAGCCCCAUGAGCCCCCCCAGAAGAAGCAGAGGCAUGUGGAGAGAGGCAGUGUGUUUGAGUACACACGGGCGCAGGAGAGUGUCUAAGCUUCACAGAAUGUAAUGUCUACUGAUAGAUAUAUACAGUGGGAUCUGUUAUGCAGCUAUAUAGCAAUGGAAGUGAAGUUGACGAGAAGUGAAAGAGAAAGAGAUUUACUGAUUGACUUCUUAUUAGGCUAGGAAACUGUAGGUUUGAAGUAGUAAUUACUAAUGUACUAAAGCCAAUCAGUCAGAAAUUCUACAAAGCUGAAUUAGAAGCAAUAAUCCCUACAAAUUGUGGUUGAUGCCCAUGCUUAGUAUGUAAUAGUAUGUAUUAAUGUCACUAUAAGCACACUAAUUAGAUAUAUUUCUGGAUAUCUUGGUUGGUAUUAGAUUUUUAAGUAACAUUUGAAAGCACUAAGCAAAUUAUGUAUACGGAACUGUAUGUAACUGGAUGUAUUACAGUAAACAGUUGCGAUGUUUACCCUAGUGAGAUGA